AAUACUUUUGAUACAAUUAAAUUUUACAAAAAUGGGUGACAAAGGGAAAUGUACGUUCGGCACGAGAAUGCCUAUUGACAUCCACAUGCUCAAUGAAAUCAUAUACCGAGAAGUGAAAAAUUUUAGGAAUUAUAAAAUUUACAGACCGAAUUUUGGGUCAAUACCCGUGGCUACAAAGUUCUACGCAGCCCAUGAUCAGCUGAAGGCGGAAUCAAAGGAACAAACGGAAAAAGUUGACAAUUAUCAUCACAAUGUAGCUCAGACGCGAUCUAUGGGACCACAUAGCAAGUAUCCAUCGCCUGCUACUGAGAACCAAGUAUAUGGUUGGUACUUCAAGCCCUUACUACCUAUGGACAGAAACGACCGCCGAUUCUACAACCCCAAGAAAGAGAGCACUCACACCAAAAUUGAAAUAAUUAUUCUCAUGUCUAACCCUAAAAGUAAACCAUAACAAGUCCUGAU